GUCUUCCUUUUUUUCCAUUGUAUUUUUUAUUCCUUGUACAUACAGACACACACACAAUGGCGGACUACUCUGGCGGCGAUGGCUCGACUGCUGCGGAUUUGAGCGCGCAGACGUGGACGGUGGUCGGCGCUGGGCCCGCGGGCGUCCUGAUGGUCGGCCAGCUGCUGCGCGCAGGCGUCGCGCCAGACCACCUGUACUGGGUCGAUCUCGCAUUCAAGGGCGGCGCGAUGGGCGAGCACUACCGCGGCGUCCCGUCCAACUCAAAGACCAUCAUCUACCGGUGGGUUUUGGAGCGCAUGGGGCACAGCGCGUGCGCCGACUGCAAGGCCAUGCUCGACGCCGCCGAGGUCUUCCCCCCGCUCGCACUUGUCGGAAACUUCCUUGCAUGCAUGACCAAGGAGUACGAGGCGCGCGGCGUCCGGUGCAUCCGCGAUCAGGUCGCCAGCACGUCGCGCUCGGCCGUCACCUCUGCCUCCAACGCGAAUGCUGCACAGGAACAGCUCCUCGCCAAGAAGCAACUGGCGCAAUCCCAACAGUCACAAACCCCCGGCUCGUUGCCGCCGUCGCCCGACCCGAACGCGUCGGCCAUCACGAUGCCCAUCGCUGUUGCCUCGGCGGCCGGCGGAAGCGUGCCCACCAGUCGCGCAACGUCGCCGACACACCGUGAUGUGAACGAGAUUGUCUCACUCGCAGUCAACGCCUCUGGCGAGCUCGUCGUCUCCAGCUCUACUCCGCGCAGCGCACAUUCGCGCACCACGUUCAGCUGGAACGUGUCCACCGCCUCUGGUCAGCAGUGGCAUUCGGACGUGGUCGUCGUGGCGACUGGCGCGACUCCCCGAUCGCGCUGGAUUGCGGUUGGUGGCAAGACCGUCGAAGUCCCCUCGGACAAGCUCGUCUCGCUCAUCGAGUGCCUGAACAAGGAGUCGCUCGCAGCCCUGCUCGCACCGCUCUCGGGCACCGCCGAGGCCCCCCGCAAGCCCACGAUCGGCAUUGUCGGCAACUCGCACACGGCCUACCUCGUCGCCAUGUUCCUGGUCGAGCUCGGGGCCGCCGUGCGCAUCUACGCCCGCGAGCCAGGUUCGGUCUAUGUCACUCCGCUGCAGGGCCUGACUGAUCUCGAGUACUACAUGAGCGAUGGCCUCAAGGGCCCCGUUGCUCACUUUGUGCUCAACGGCAACCGCAUUCCCGGCGUCGCGUGCGACAGCCCUUCGCAAGUCGAGGUGUUCACCGGCGAGGACGGCAUUGCCUCGUUGCUCGAGUGCGAUCGCGUGCUCCUCGCCAUCGGCUUUGAGCAGCGUCCUCCACAGGGUCCACCUUCUCGGCUUUGUCGACGCCAAUCAGCCGUCUGUCGGCCUGUGGUCGUACCUGAGCGACGCUGCAGGCAUUGUCACCGAGUCACCGAGCACAUGCAAUAACAAGUCCGGGCGACUUUUGUAGUUAAUUUGGCGGUGUUUGUGUGUUUUUCUCUAUUGAUUUAUACUCUGUGUUGUGGUUUGACUUUUUUUUUUUUUUGUUUGUUUGUUUGUUUGUUUGUUUGUUUGUUUCUG